GCAAAGCCCCCCCCCCCCUCAGUUGGAAUAAGGUAAACUUGCUUAACUAAGCUAACCUUUGAAAACCAUUUCAGGGGAUGUGAAAAUAUAUACACCUGAAAAUCUGAGAAAGGCCAAGGUGUCAUUUUCGUUCAUGGUAAAAAGGGCAAACAUUAUUUUAAUCAGCCCUCUAUUUAAAUAUAGGCAUGUCUGAUUUACAUCAGUAUUACCCUUAAGCCUUUUAUCUGAACAUCAAUGUUCUACAUCUCAGCCAUGUAAAUCUACUUCUAACUUUUGUGAAUAAACCAUGAUUGGAAUUCAAUUUUUAAAUGAAAAGAUAUCUUCAUCAUGACAAAAUGGAAAUAUAUUCGUUUGGAUGGCUAAUAAUUGACAUUUUAAAUGGCGUUUUUUCUUCAAGAUUUGUGUGCAGUGGUGCAAACACAAUUUUCUAGAACAUUACUUAUAAAAUAAGAAUCUCAAUUGAAUAAUAGCAGUCUGAGAGCCUUUUGACAAUAAUUCAAGAAAAAAAAAUUAGUAAAAUAGAAAUUUUUAAGUUUGCAAAGCAUAGUGAUAUAUAUGUUAUAAGAAAUAAACGACUUCAAAACCUGAGCUUAAAACAUUUUAAACAAUUCAAAUUUUUUAAAAACUCUAAAUACUAAAAUUUAAUAAAUUCAUUAUCUUUUACCUUAUAGCGAAGUCUGAAGGAAUGAAAUUCCGAAUGGCAAUUAAUCUUCUCGAGAUUUCUUGAAUGCUGGUGGCAGACAGCGUUACACCCCUGGGUCCUUCUGUCCAAACAACAAUCAUUGCAAAAACUGGAAGCCAUGAAAUAAGAACUAGUACCACAGAUAUAACAGUACCUUGGCGCUUCUUCACACGUAAACAAAUAAACAAUAUGGAAUAUAUUUAUAUUUUCCUAAUUAGUUCACUUGUUCCAGUUUCUGAAUGUAUAAAAUGUUACGACUGCAAUAUACUGGAUAGCAGAUCACCUAAGGACUGCCCGGGAAACCUAAUUGACUAUCCUACAGCCAACGCUUGUAGGGUUCUUGCUCUUAGUGAUGGUACUAUGAUUCAGCAGAUCGUGUCUCCUGAAUCUCUCUGCUCGGAGUCAAACUUUAAAACUUUGAAGAUCAGAGUAGCAAAACAAUUCCAUGAUGGUGAAGCUGAUGCUAUGUGUUGUUUUACGGACGGUUGCAACAGUUCUCCACGUGUGGCCAGGCAGAGUCUAGAAACCAAACCAAACCCAAAUCUGAGUACACCACCAGAGGGACAAUUCAAUCAAGCUCCCCCUGUAAUCCAAAAAAGUGUCUCAGGAGGAAAUCUGGCAAAGUUACAGCAGGAGGAUGCAACAGGUGGAAGUCUGAGGGCAGAGGCUGCUGCAGAUUCUAUAAAUAUCAAUUCAAGAUUUCGUUUAAUGCUCAGUGUUUUGGUCAUUUUUACUUUGUUUAUAAUUUGAUUCUGAAAAAAUAAAUGUGUUUCCAAUCUG